ACCAUACGCAGAUCAACUAGAGUGAGACAACAAUGGUCAAGCUCUGCUCUUUGGUGUUUUUCGUGUGGAUAGCAGUGGUCAGCAAUGGCGUUUUGGCAGGUAAGCUGGAUUGGGUAAAAGUUGUGAAACGCCCAGCUUGCAAUCGCUUUGAUGUCAGCGUCAGCAUUGACUGCGAUAGAGGGCUCAUCAAACGUCCGUCUAACUACUGGUUCAAAAAGCUGUGCGGCUACUGUAGAGAGGGUAUUCAGAAAUACUGGUCCAGAAAGAUUUCCUAUGGUGGUAGCACCUGGAAAGUGAAUGUCUACACAGUGCUGAAAAGCAAAGGAGACAGGAAAAAAAUCAAGCUAAGGUACUACAAGAGAGAAGGAUGGUUCUUCAGCAGUACACGUUCCCACAACUCAGACAUCUUGAAAAUGACGGUGAAAUAUCUGGCCUACAAAAGUAACGCUGCACUUCGCUUCAAACGUACCUGCGCUCACGAGAUCGGCCAUUCCUUCCUAAAAGCUGCGCGUGGACUGACCUAUAGUUGGGGACACAAAGGUACCUCAAGCAUCUUUGGAAAAAUAAAGUCAAAUGCGCCAUCUUAUCCCAGCAGAGGCGAAAUUGACCUGAUGAAGUACUACAGGGGGAAGGCCAGUAAUUACUACUCCAGAUCGAUCGCCGCCAAAAGUGACGUGAAGGACUUGGUGUUCAAAGUUGGAGACACUUUCACCACCAAUUCUGGUAAAUGCUGAUUGCUAGGCUUUCCCUUUACUUUUUAAGAAAACCCGAA